AGUAUGCUAACCAUGUUUAAAUUGCACAGAACCGGCAGUCAUUUCCAAUCUUACCACUGAAGUGUUGCUUCGUGUGCUAAAGUAUGAGGGUAUGAAUGCAAUCACGCACUUUCUGAUGAAAUCACCUACCGCCUUUUCGACGGAAAAAAUUGAACCAUUCAGUUUGGAGGAAACGCCAAUUCAUCUGAUGCUUGUGGAUCAUGACAUUUAUCUUUUGUGGACCACCAUCUUGUACCAUUUUAUUUGCGGACAAAUGCCCGAUACCGUUUAUCGUACGUGGUUCAGCGGCUUGAUCGCCAAUGGGGAUUCCAGCGAACCGAGGCACCUGUAUACGGUUGAUUGGUCCAGCGUGGUGGCUUCCGGUCCAUUGACACGAGCAGAAACCAUCGGAUCAGUGAAUAUUCUGUUGUCCAUGCUGCGGUAUUUCUCAGGUAAAACUCAAGGCAACAAAGCGAAACGGCCCAUCCUCAUGGGAGCUUGGCGAACGCUGCUGGAUCUGCUGGCACAUACAGACAGCUAUCGAAAAUUAGGCACCGUGAUCCUUCUUCGGGAUGGUUUAUCCAUUGAUGCGCUUCGACCAGAGAUUGAUGUGAUUGCCGCCGACCUGUGUACAUCGAUCGGUGAUCCAGCGAUGGCUCGCACACGAUUGGAUGAAGCCAUGAAAACGGCCCGCUUGCCUUCGCAGCUCAUGUUGGCUUUCCGCUUAGCAUCGUCACUCCACCCAACCCCGCAAAGCUCGCUCGAAACCUUAAGCGAAGCUGCGCAAUUGAUUGCAUCGCCCUUGAAACCCUUUUUCCGACCAUUACCGGCCGCCCAAGGUGCAGCUGAACCGAAAUAUGCCAUUGAAUAUGCCCGCCACAUGUAUUUGACUGCUCUUGACCUGGAUCAAUCCCUUCCGAUGCGGACCAAUCAUUCGUUUAAUCCGGCGCUCUUUGAACAUUGCGCGUUUGCGUGGAUCAAUAUGUUGUAUCUGACCGAGAUUGGUCGAUGGUGUUGUCGAGGCACUCCCACCUAUGAUAUGGUGACAAAACAGAUGAAGUCGAUUACUAAACUGGCCGUCGAUGCCAUGGAAUCCGAAGAUGCCAAACGCCUGGUGUUUAAAUUUAGUAGCAGUUGCGGAAUAUAAUAAUAAAUUGUUUCCAAUAAAAAAAAAACGUAAACACUAAGUGGAGUGUAUCUAAUUAUAAGCAUUUUACGUAUCGUAUUCCUGCUACAUAUUGCUCCAGAAUCAUCACUUCCACCCGUCAUUCUAACCCGUGCCGAUCGCUUUGACCCCCCCCCCUCCCCCAAUAACCGCACCGGGAUUCGUACAAUUACAGUCACAAUCCGAUCCGAAUCCGGUGCAAGUAAGCUGUGUCAGCAUUAAAGCG